AAGGACCUGGGUUACCUGCAGCAGUGGCUGAAGACUUUUGUGGGUACCUUCGAGAAGAGCAUCUCGCUGUCCUCCCUGGAGCCACGAAGGCCGGAGGAAGCCGGUGCGGAAGUCCCGCUGCUCCCCCUGGAUUCCCUGAACGUGCUGGCCAAGCAGCUGGACCGCAGGGACCUGGGGCAGGCUCUGCUGCUGCUCAAGCUCUUCGUCAUCCUGUGCAGGAACCUGGAGAACCUGGAGGCCGGCUGGGCCCAGGUGCUGCUGCCCCAGGUGCUGUCGCUGCUGACCGGGCUGGUAGCUGAGCUGAAAGGACAACCCCCACCCCAGGAGGACCAGGGGACCCAGCUGGAGAACGUGGCCCUUCAUGCCCUGCUCCUCUGUGAGGGCCUCUUUGACCCCUACCAGACCUGGCGGCGCCAGCACAGUGGGGAGGUCAUCAGCUCCAAGGAGAAGAGCAAGUACAAGUUCCCUCCUGCUGCUUUGCCCUGCGAAUUCAGCACCUUCUUCCAAGAGAGCUUGCAGGAUGCAGACCGCUUGCCCCCAGGGCUGCUGCUGCGGCUCAUCCACCUCUUCAGCGCCGUGCUCGCAGGAGGAAAGGAGAACGGGCAGAUGGCAGUGAGCACCUGCUCCGUGCAGGGCCUGCUGGGUGUGGUGCAGGGCUGGGGCCGCCGGCCGGCCCAGGACCCCCGCCUCUUGCCGCUGGCCCUGGAGGCCCUGGUGGGUGCCGUCCACAUUCUGCAUGCCAGCCGUGCACCACCACGCGGGCCCGAGCUCCGUGCCCUGCUGGAGGGCUACUUCCGCGUCCUCAAUGCCGACUGGCCAGCGAGUCCCAACUCGGGCCCCGAGGAGGCCCUGGUCUCCCUGCGCAUCAGCAUGCUUGACGCCAUCCCGAUGAUGCUGGCCUGUGACGACCGGCCGGUGCUGCAGGCCACCUUCCUCAGCAACAACUGCUUCGAACACCUCAUCCGCCUCAUCCAGAACAGCAAGCUGUACCUGCAGGCCCGGGCGCCCCCUGAGGGGGACAGUGACCUGGCUACCCGGUUACUGACCGAGCCCGAUGUCCAGAAGGUCCUGGACCAGGACACAGAUGCCAUCGCUGUGCACGUGGUCCGCGUGCUGACCUGCGUCAUGAGUGGCUCCCCGUCGGCCAAGGAGGUGUUCAAGGAACGCAUCGGCUACCCGCACCUCCAGGAAGUCCUGCAGAGCCACGGGCCCCCCACUCACCGGCUGUUACAGGAGCUGCUCAACAUGGCUGUGGAAGGCGAUCACAGCACGUGCCCGCCUCCACCAAUACGCAACGAGCAGCCGGUGCUGGUGCUGAUCCAGUGGCUGCCGGCGCUGCCCACCGCUGAGCUGCGGCUCUUCCUGGUCCAGCGCCUCCGGUGGCUCUGUGACAGCUGUGCCGCCAGUCGGGCCACCUGCGUGCAGGCAGGCCUGGUGGGCUCCCUGCUGGAGACACUCAACGUGGGGAGUGCCCUGGGGGCCCGGUGCCGGGAGCAGCUGCUGGUCCUGCUGCAGGCGCUGGGCCGAGUGUCCCUGAGCCCCCUGGAGCUGCGUCGCCUGCUGCGCCCCCCACGCGGCCUGGACUCAGACGGAGCUGAGGCCGAGAGGGCCCGCCAUGCAGGCUCUGUCAUCCGAGCGCUGUCAGGCAUGGCCCGGCACCAGGGUCCCGCGCGUGCCCUGCACUACUUCGACCUCACGCCCAGCAUGGCGGGCAUCAUGGUGCCACCCGUGCAGCGCUGGCCAGGACCCGGCUUCACUUUCCACGCCUGGCUCUGCCUGCACCCCACGGACCCAGCGCCAGCCCCAGCUCCUGCCCGGCCACUCCAGCGGAAGCAGCUGUACAGCUUCUUCACCAGCAAUGGCUCAGGGUUCGAGGCCUUCUUCACGGCGGAGGGGACCCUGGUCGUGGCUGUGUGCACACGGAAGGAGUAUCAGACCAUUAGCCUGCCCGAAGAGACUUUCGCCAACUCCGCCUGGCACUGCGUGGCCAUUGUCCAUGUGCCUGGGCGCCGGCCCUUCAGCCAGAGCCUGCUCCACGUCUACAAAGAUGGCCACCUGGUCAAGACAGCACCCCUGCGCUGCCCCUGCCUUAGCGAGCCUUUCUCUUCCUGCUGCAUCGGCUCUGCUGGGCACCGUACAACGACCACCACCACAGGGCUGCCCACGGCUGCCAUCCCCACGGCCCUGGCCCACGCACACCCCUCCCUCACCCGCUCCCAGUCGGUCCCGGCCUCCACAGCACUGGGCUGGGGGUCCGGGCUGGUGGCCCCCCUGCAGGAGGGCAGCGUCAGCUCCACGCUUGCAGGCACCCAGGACACGCGGUGGGGCAGCCCCACGUCCCUGGAGGGCGAGCUGGGGGCUGUAGCCAUUUUCCACGAGGCCGUGCAGGCAGCUGCUCUGCGGACGCUGUGUGCCCUGGGGCCCAACGAACCCGCGCCCUUCAAGCCCGAAGGUGAACUGCACGAGCUGGGAGCCAAGCUGCUCCUCCAUUACUCCCCGCAGGCCUGUAAGAACAACAUCUGCCUGGACCUGUCCCCUGGCCACGGGCUAGAUGGCCGCCUGACGGGACACAGGGUGGAGACGUGGGACGUGAAGGAUGUGGUGAACUGUGUGGGGGGCAUGGCUGCCCUUCUUCCCCUGCUGGAUCGAGUGGCUGCGCAGCCCCUAGAGGCCGAGGCAGGCCCAGCUGAAACACAUGACCUCGUGGGGCCUGAGCUGACCUCCGGCCACAACAGCCAGGGCCUGCUCCUCCCACUGGGCAAGUCUUCAGAGGACCGGAUGGAGAAGAACGCAGUGGCCGCUUUCCUGCUGAUGCUGCGUAACUUCCUGCAGGGCCACACUGUGAACCAGGAGAGCCUGGUGCAGUGCCAGGGCCCUGCCAUCAUCGGGGCCCUGCUACGUAAGGUGCCCAGCCGGGGCAUGGACAUGAACGUGCUCAUGUCCGCCCAGCUGCUCAUGGAGCAGGUGGCCACGGAGAGCAGGGGGCCCCUCCUGUACCUGCUGUACCAGCAUCUGCUCUUCCACUUCCACCUCUGGACCCUCAGCGACUUCGCUGUGCGCCUCAGCCACAUCCAGUACAUGUCCAGCAUCAUCCGCGAGCACCGACAGAAGCUGCGGAGGAAGUACGGGGUGCAGUUCAUCCUUGACGCGCUGCGGACCCACUACGGCCCACAGCGGGAGCGCCCCCUGGCGGUGGAUGACCUGCGAACGGUGCAGACCUCCCUCCUGGGCCUGGCUCGCGAGUUCCUGGUGCGGAGCUCCUCCCCAGAGGACCUGCAGGUCCUGCUGAGCUUCUUGGCAGCGAUGGGUGAUGACAACCAGGUGGUGGGCGUGCUGGACCUGCUGCUGGGCCUGCUCCAGGCCUCCUCCUCAGCACAGGACUCCCUGGCUGUGUCCCUGCUGGAGCCUGGGAACCUCGAGGUGCUGCUGGCCCUGCUGGUGCGGCCAGGGUCCUCGGCCCUGGUGCCCGACCGAGUCUGUAAGAUCCUGCGCAGACUGCAGCUGAAUGAGCGAUUGCCCGAGCGGAGCCGCCAGCGGCUCCGCCUGCGAGACACUGGGCUCCUAGGCCUCGCUGCCUGCCUGCCCGAGGGGACUGUCUCCCCACAGCUCUGCCAGGGCCUCUACAGGCUGUUCCUGGGGGCAGAUGGCCUGAACCUCUCUGACCUGCUGGCUGUGGUGCAGCUGUCCCUCCAGGCUGACCUCAGCGUGCGCCUGGACAUCUGCCGCCAGCUCUUCCACCUCAUCUAUGGACAGCCGGCCGUCGUGCGGCUGCUGGCCCGUCAGGCUGGCUGGCAGGAUGUGCUGACCCGGCUGUAUGUCCUGGAGUCUGCUGCAGCCGGGGGCCCCCCACCCUUUGCCCCAGAGCUGCCUGCCUCCCCGGAGCCAGCCCUGCCAUCCACAGAGUCCCCGGUGGAGCCCUCAGACGUCUUCCUGCCCCCAGAGGGCCCCGGCCCUGAUCCCGAAGCCUUUUACCAAGCUCUCUCCCCAUUCUGCACGCCCUUUGACCUGGGCUUGGAGCGGGCCAGCGUGGGCUCAGGCACCACAGCGCUCAGCGGCAGCAGCAGUGGGACCCUGACUCCAGCCAGCCAGCCUGGCACCCCUUCCCCGCUUGAUGGGCCUCGGCCCUUCCCCACCGCCCCUGGCCGGCACAGCUCCAGCCUUUCCAACGUGCUGGAGGAUGGCAGCCUCCUGGAGCCUGCUGUGAGCGGGGACGACACCUCCAACACAAGCAACCCUCAGCAAACCCCCGAGGAGGAGCUAUGCAACCUCCUCACCAACGUGCUGUUCUCAGUGACAUGGAGGGGCGUGGAGGGCAGCGAUGAGGCUGCCUGGCGGGAGCGUGGCCAGGUCUUCUCGGUGCUCACCCAGCUGGGCGCCUCGGCCACCCUGGUGCGCCCGCCCGACUGCAUCAAGCGUAGCCUCCUGGAGAUGAUGCUGGAGUCCGCCCUGACUGACAUCAAAGAGGCCACCCCCGGGGCCCUGGCCGGCCUCACCCAGCAGGCACUGUGGCUGCUUCGGCUGCUGCAGGACUUCCUGUGUGCCGAGGGCCACGGGAACCAGGAGCUGUGGAGCGAGAAGCUCUUUGAAGGUGUGUGCAGCCUGCUCGAUCGCCUGGGAGCCUGGCCGCACCUGGCCAACAGCACGGCUGACCUCCGCGAGAUGGCACAGAUUGGCCUGCGCCUUGUGCUCGGCUACAUCCUGCUGGAGGACCCGCAGCUGCACGCCCAGGCCUAUGUGAAGCUGCACACGCUGCUGCAGACCGCGGUGCCCACCCGCCGCGAGGAGGCCUGCUACGUGCUCUCCAAGCUGGAGGCUGCGCUGGGCCGGGCGCUGACGGCCUCGCAGGAAGAGGUGGCCGCUGAGUGUGCACAGCCCCCAGCCACGGCUGCUGCGGCAGCCACCGCCUCGGAGCGCUGCUCAUGGCUGGUGCCGCUGAUGCGCACGCUGCUGGACCGCGCCUACGAGCCGCUGGGGCUGCAGUGGGGGCUGCCUUCCCUGCCGCCCACCAAUGGCAGCCCCACCUUCUUCGAGGACUUCCAGGCCUUCUGUGCUACGCCUGAAUGGCGGCAGUUCAUUGACAAGCAGGUACAGCCCACCAUGUCGCAGUUCGAGAUGGACACGUAUGCCAAGAGCCACGACCUCAUGUCAGGCUUCUGGAACACUUGCUACGACACCCUUAUGAGCAGCGGGCAGCGGUGCCAGCGUGAGCGCACACACAGUCGCCGGGUCUUCCAGGAGCUGGUGCUGGAGCCAGCCCAGCGGCGGGCGCGCCUGGAGGGGCUGCGCUAUGCCACGGUGCUGAAGCAGCAGGCUGCACAGCACUCGGCGGCCCUGCUGCACUGGGAGGCCACGUGGCGCCAGCUCUGCAGUCCCUGUGGCGCUUGGGCACUAAGGGACCCCCCAACCCCCCACUGGAAGCUGUCCAGUGCCGAGACAUACUCACGCAUGCGCCUGAAGCUGGUGCCCAACCAUCACUUCGACCCUCAUCUGGAAGCGAGUGCCCUGCGUGACAAUCUGGGGGAGGUCCCCCUGACGCUUGCCGAGGAGGCCUCACUGCCUCUGGCUGUGUCCAAAGAGGCCAAAGUCAGCAGCCCGCCUGAGGAGCUGCAGGGAGACCAGCUGGGGGAGGACGAGCUGGCUGGGCUGGAGACGCCGAUGGAGGCGGCAGAGCUGGAUGAGCAGCAUGAGAAGCUGGUGCUGUCAGCUGAGUGUCAGCUGGUGACGGUGGUGGCUGUGGUCCCGGGCUUGCUGGAGGUCACCACGCAGCAUGUCUACUUCUACGAUGGCAGUGUGGACCGUGUGGAAACCGAGGAGGGCAUCGGCCACGACUUCCGGCGCCCCCUGGCCCAGCUGAGGGAGGUCCACCUGCGGCGCUUCAACCUGCGCCGCUCCGCACUUGAGCUCUUCUUUAUCGAUCAGUCCAACUACUUCCUGAACUUCCCGUGCCGGGGCGCAGGGAUCGCUGCCUCGUCUCCUUCCCAGGCACCCCGGGCCCAGCCCUGCACCCUGGCCCCCCACACUCAGGUCCGCAACCAGGUGUACUCCUGGCUCCUGCGCCUGCGGCCACCCGCCCAGGGCUACCUGAGCAGCCGCUCCCCGCAGGAGAUGCUGCGCGCCUCCGGUCUUACCCAGAAAUGGGCCCAGCGGGAGAUUUCCAACUUUGAGUACUUGAUGCAGCUCAACACCAUCGCAGGGCGGACCUACAAUGACCUGUCCCAGUACCCUGUGUUCCCCUGGGUCUUACAGGACUACGUGUCCCCGACCCUGGACCUCAGCAACCCGGCUGUCUUCCGGGACCUGUCCAAACCCAUCGGUGUGGUGAACCCCAAGCAUGCCCAGCUCGUGCGGGAGAAGUAUGAGAGCUUUGAGGACCCGGAGGGCGCGAUCGACAAAUUCCACUAUGGCACCCACUACUCCAAUGCGGCGGGUGUCAUGCACUACCUCAUCCGCGUAGAGCCGUUCACCUCCCUGCACGUCCAGCUGCAGAGUGGCCGCUUCGACUGCUCUGAUCGGCAGUUUCACUCGGUGGCUGCAGCCUGGCAGGCGCGCCUGGAGAGCCCGGCCGACGUGAAGGAGCUCAUCCCCGAGUUCUUCUACUUUCCGGACUUCCUGGAGAACCAGAACGGCUUCGACCUGGGCUGCCUGCAGCUGACCAAUGAGAAGGUGGGUGAUGUGGUGCUGCCCCCCUGGGCCAGCUCCCCCGAGGACUUCAUCCAGCAGCACCGCCGGGCUUUGGAGUCAGAGCAUGUGUCUGCCCACUUGCACGAGUGGAUUGACCUCAUCUUCGGCUAUAAGCAGCGGGGGCCAGCAGCCGAGGAGGCCCUCAAUGUCUUCUACUACUGCACCUACGAGGGGGCCGUGGACCUGGACCACGUGGCAGAUGAGCGCGAACGCAAGGCGCUGGAGGGCAUCAUCAGCAACUUCGGGCAGACUCCCUGCCAGUUGCUGAAGGAGCCACAUCCACCCCGGCUGUCGGCCGAGGAAGCUGCCCAGCGCCUGGCCCGUCUGGACACUAACUCCCCCAGCCUCUUCCAGCACCUGGAUCAGCUCAAGGCCUUCUUCGCAGAGGUGAUCAGUGACGGCGUGCCCCUCGUGCUGGCCCUGGUCCCCCACCGGCAGCCCCAUUCCUUUAUCACCCAGGGCUCGCCAGACCUGUUGGUGACCGUGAGUGCCAAUGGGCUGCUAGGCACCCACAACUGGUUGCCCUAUGACCGAAACAUAAACAACUACUUCAGCUUCAGCAAAGACCCCAUCAUAGGCAACCCCAAGAUGCAGAGACUGCUGAGUGGCCCGUGGGUGCCAGGCAGUGGCGUGAGUGGACAAGCCCUGGCAGUGGCCCCUGAUGGAAAGCUGCUCUUCAGCGGUGGCCACUGGGAUGGCAGCCUGCGGGUGACCGCACUACCCCGGGGCAAGCUGUUGAACCAGCUCAGCCGCCACCUUGAUGUAGUGACCUGCCUAGCACUGGACACCUGCGGCAUCUACCUCAUCUCGGGCUCCCGGGACACCACGUGCAUGGUGUGGCGGCUCCUACAGCAGGGUGGUCUAUCAGUAGGGCUGGCACCAAAGCCCGUGCAGGUCCUGUAUGGGCAUGAGGCUGCAGUGAGCUGUGUGGCGAUCAGCACGGAACUCGACAUGGCUGUGUCCGGAUCUGAGGAUGGAACUGUGAUCAUCCAUACUGUACGCCGGGGCCAGUUUGUGGCAGCGCUACAGCCUCCAGGGGCCUCGCUGCCCGGACCUGUGUCCCACCUGGCCCUGGGGUCUGAAGGGCAGAUUGUGGUCCACAGCUCAACGUGGGAACGUCCAGGAGCCCAGGUCACCCACGCCUUGCACUUGUACUCGGUGAAUGGGAAGUUGCGUGCUUCGCUGCCUCUGGCAGAGCAGCCUACAGCCCUGGCUGUGACGGAGGACUUCGUUUUGCUGGGCACUGCCCAGUGCACCCUGCACAUCCUCCACCUGAACAAACUGCUUCCGGCCGCGCCCGCGCUGCCCAUGAAGGUACCCAUCUGCAGUGUGGCGGUGACCAAGGAGCGCAGUCAUGUGCUGGUGGGACUGGAGGACGGCAAGCUGAUUGUGGUGGGCGCAGGGCAGCCCUCCGAGGUGCGCAGCAGCCAGUUCGCGCGGAAGCUGUGGCGGUCUUCGCGGCGCAUCUCCCAGGUGUCCUCGGGCGAGACCGAGUACAACCCCUGCGACGCGCGCUGAGCUCACCCACGCGGCUGCUCAGGCUCCGCCCACGGGGUCCUGCCCUGGUGCUAGGCCCCGCCCCGCGCGCGGCCCAGGAGGCCCCGCCCCGUCCUCCGGGAGGGGCGGGCGGAGUCGCCGGAAGUCCCGCCCCUCGCCGGCUGAGGGCGGGAGGCCGAGGACCGGUCUUUGCGCCUGUGGCGGCACAUUUUGCACAGUCCGGGCCGGGAAUCCCCAGCUCCCGAGUCCGGGUCCCCCAGGCGAAGCACAGGACCGUCCGUGGCCUUAAUCCCCAAAGGCGGUCCCCGCUUGCCCAUUCAGAGCAAUAAAACUGGCCUAGUUUUGUAGC